GGUAGGGCGCACACAAAACCAGCGCGAGCUGAGCAGCCAUUACGGAGCAGAGCCAGGGGUUCCGGACUGGAUUGCAUCGACACUCACGCGAUUAAAAGGCCACGGAACGCGUAAAGGAGUCCGAGCCCGGCACUGAUUUGUCCGUAGGUGUGGGGUCACUGGGGUCUUCGCUUCUCUCUCACCUGGAGUUGAGCUCUAGGGUUUUCUUUUGGCAUCGGGGUGGUGACAAUAGUUUUUCCUUCUUAAAAUGACGGUUAAUCCCGAUUAUUUGGUGCUUUUAUUCACCACCACAUCUGGCGCAAGUGGGGACCAAUUGGGAACGGAUGAAAAGGAAAUUGUACAGUUGAUCUGGCAAGUCGUGGAUUUGGCGACUAAACAGGCUGGACGAGUAAAUGAACUGCUUGUCAAACCGGAGCACAUUGAGCUCUCUGAGGAGUGUCAGGAGGUGAGUGGUCUCACCGAGGAGGCCUUGACAACUGCUGCUCCACUCGAGGAAGCCAUUGACCAGUUGAAUCAGCGGUUAUGUGCGGAGGUGGACCCAGAUGCGGGGAACACCUUCUGCCUCUGUAUGGAUGGACAGCUUCACAUGCGUCAAGUCCUGCAUCCCGAGGCCUCCAGCAAGAAUAUUUUGUUGCCUGAGUGUUUCUUCUCAUUUUUUGAUCUGCGGAAAGAGUUUAAGAAAAAAUUCCCGUCAGAAGGGGAAUUGAAAGACUUGAAUCUUCAGGUCAUGGCUGACUAUCUAAAUGUGGUUGUAGAUUCAUCUCUUCAUGCUUUCACUUCUUACAAGGUUGAACAGAUGUCAAAUAUUGUUUUAGCAUUCCUCUCUGAGCCUGUUUGCCAUACAUUUUUCUGUCCUGAAAAAGUGAAUGAUAAGUUUGAGACUGGCACCUGUAGUAAGAUGGAGAGGGUAGACGAUAACACAGUGAUCAGAGCUCGAGGUCUUCCCUGGCAGUCCUCAGACCAGGAUAUCGCUCGCUUCUUCAGGGGUCUCAACAUCGCCAAAGGAGGUGCUGCGUUGUGUCUAAAUGCUCAGGGCAGGAGGAAUGGAGAAGCACUGGUGCGGUUUGAGAGUGAGGAGCACAGGGAUCUGGCCCUGCAGAGACACAAGCAUCACAUGGGCACCAGAUACAUUGAGGUUUACAAGGCAACAGGUGAAGACUUUCUAAAGAUAGCAGGAGGUACCUCUAAUGAAGUGGCCAAUUUUCUGUCGAGGGAGAAUCAGGUUAUUGUGCGCAUGCGUGGACUUCCGUUCACUGCCACCGCGGAGCAGGUGCUGCAGUUCUUCUCCCCGGCUUGCCCUGUGACUGACGGCAGCGACGGCAUUCUCUUUGUACGCUUUCCCGAUGGCAGGCCCACUGGGGACGCUUUUGUCCUGUUCUCCUGUGAGGACCAUGCUCAGAACGCACUGAAGAAACACAAGGACAUCCUGGGCAAGAGAUACAUAGAGCUCUUCAAGAGCACUGCAGCCGAGGUACAACAGGUACUGAACAGAUACUCAUCAGCCCCAUUAAUACCAGUGGCCCCCUCCCCCAUCUUAUCUGUGGUGCCACAGCCCACAUUCGUGCCCCCAACAGCAGCAGUGACAGGUAUCCGGGACUGUGUGAGAUUGAGGGGUCUGCCUUACGAUGCCACCAUCCAGGAUAUAUUGGUUUUCCUGGGAGAAUACACAGCUGACAUCAAACCUCAUGGAGUGCACAUGGUGUUGAACCAGCAGGGUCGUCCAACGGGUGAUGCUUUUAUCCAGAUGCGUUCGGCAGAUCGGGCAUUCCUGGCAGCCCAGCACUGUCAUAAACGCAGCAUGAAGGGGCGUUAUGUGGAGGUGUUUGCGUGCUCUGCUCAGGAGAUGAACAUCGUGCUGAUGGGGGGAACGCUCAACAGGAGCGGCCUCUCGCCGCCGCCAUGUAAGUUACGACGUUUGUCCCCUCCAUCAUAUUCGUUUCCUCUUGGGACGGCUGUCUUUCCUGCUGGAGCUGUCCUUCCAGCAGGGGCGGUGCUACCUGCUGAGCCAGCAGCUAUUUACCCCUCCCAGUUCCUGCUGAGUCCCCGGCCCCUGGCCCCAACCACUACGUUCUACCCUGCCAAUAACCCACUGUACAUGAACUACACCGCCUAUUAUCCCAGCCCACCUGGCUCCCCCCCUAACAUCAGCUACUUCCCUGCUGGCCACACCCCUUCAGCUGGCUCAGUCCUCUCAGCCCCACCCACAGCACUGAUACAAAUGCAAGGCCACGCCCCUUCCCACGCUUACAAUAGUGGGGUUAAAGGGAUCCUCAGCAUGGUUCAUGGAUAUCAGCCAGGCAACAAUGAUGCCUUGGUAACUCUCCCCCCUGUGCUGUCGGCCAAGCAGCCUAUUGGAGACCAGACUGUAGGAGGCGGGGCCUAUAUUGACUUGCAGUUGCUUUAAGCCAAACCAUUCACAAGGCCACACCCCUGUGGUGGAGCAUGGAUUUAAUAAACCCCCUUAAAACAAAGCAGUUUAUGCCAUUCCUUAGAUUAGCUAUUUAUAUGAGAAUUUUUUUAAGAAAUAUAUGUAUUUUGACAUUAAUGUAUAUUGCACAUUGUUUUUUUGUUUUGUUUAUGCAUUAGAGCUAAUAUUCUACUCAUAAGGUUGUUUUGCUGAAGUAAGAAAUGUGUUUGUAUGUUUGUGUACAUACAUGCACGUGCAGUGAUGUUCACUCAGGAAAUAGCUCCUCGAACCAGGGUCUAAAAGACUAACUGCCGAAUCAAGAUUUUCACCGAUACCAUAAAUUUAAGCCAAAAAACCUGAAAAAAAGUUUGUAUGUGUGUGUUAGUGCCUAUUUCCCUGUUGAUGUGACUACUAUGAGUAUGUGUAAAUAUGUGGAGGCCUUUUUUUCUUUGAAGGUUUUAAAAUGCAUGAUGAAGUUCAAAGAGCCAGCUUUUUCAACAUGUUUACAAGAUUCUGCAAAUCCGUACAUUAUGCGCAAUGUAGUGUGUGGAUGCCUGCAACUUUAUAGUUGUGCAGCCUCAUUGUUAGGUGAUUUUAAUGAAACCUGUCAAGAAAAACUCCUGGUCCUUUUUUACUUUGAAAUCAAAAGAAACAUGUAAGAAAUUAUAUUUUGCAUGUAGAAAAUUAAGCCUAUUUUUAAGGGCAUUAAGAUUUUUUACAUUGUGACAUUUUUUGUGACAGUUCCACACAUUUUACCCCCAAUUCUCAGUAUCGCAAUGUAAAAAAAAAAAAAAGACAAAAAAAAAAAGGUUAUUAUGAUAUUUUUACUGUAAAACAAUAAUAAUAAUAAAAUUACUGUUAUGGUAAUGAGGGGAAAAAAAGGAAUGGUAAAACAACCUCAACUGGUAAAAUGUGCUUAAGUGUCCUGAAAAUAGUUUCUCAAUGCAAAAAAUGAAGCAUAAGUGUAGGCUUCAUUUCAGCACAAUAUAUUUUACUUGUGUAUAUAUGUAUAUAUUUUGCAUUGAUUUGGGUUUAAAUAUGACCAGGACAUUUUCUUAACAGGUUUCGUGAGAAUCGCCCUUUUGCCAAAAUUGCUCAGAAGCAAAAUCAGGAACAAUUAAUUUAGUGCUUUAUACCCGUGUCUGUGUGUCACGAAUCAAAAAUAUGCAUUGUCCUUAAUGUACAAAACCCUAUAGAUAAAUGUUCUAGUUGUGUGUGUAGUAAAUGUAUCCCAAUUGAUGUAUGACAUGCGUGUGUGUGUGUGCUUGAACAUGUGUAUUAUUUCAUGUGCACACCAUAACCAAGUCAAUGCAUGUGUGUUUAUUUACUGCACUCAGAGAGUGUUUCGAGCCUGCUGUAAUGCACACAGGUGUAUUUUCACCCAUUGUCUGUGUAUUAAGGAGAGUGUUUGUGUUGAAUGUGAACAGGUUUAUUUGUUACCUGCAACUGUAUCCCAUCUGUAACCUUCUGUUUGUUUAUGCCAAUGUGCCUUGUAUAUUAUACCCUGUGCUUUUUAUUAAAUAAUGAGUAAUUUG